CCACCAAAUCGCACUGCGUUGUUGAUGCGUGUAUAUCGCAGUGCAGAAACUAAGUAAAAAUUAGCAGUUAAAUCCCCCUAAAAAUCACAUUCUAUCGAAUUGGAUGUUAUAAUUUAGUUUCUGUUUGUGUGAGAGAGAUGAAUUAAAAAACUUGGUACCAUGACUGGUAAUGAUGCCUGGUCACUCUACCUCCACCAGGGUCUUCAAUCCAUUGGACAUCCUAGCCAAUGCUGCCAGUCUCAUUCCCAAAACAAUGACCCCCCAGCAGGACACGGUGCCCACUGACCCAGCUCCAGCUCAGGACAAUGUCUCAACUACUGAGGAUUUGGAGAAAAUGUUUGAUGAACACAAUUAUGGCAACUCAAAGAAAGUUGUGGUGAAUAAAAUUAGUCAUUCAAGUUUCUCAACUGAUCUUGGACCUAAAGGAAAAGAUGGAGCAAAGUUGAAGGACUCCAGUAGGAGAGUGAUUGUGACUGUCGUCAAUCGAUCUGGAGACCAACGAGUGGUGAAGACAUUUAGUAGUGUGAAAGCUGUCAGAAAUAUCCUCAAGACAGAUGUAAGCAUAGGCAAAGAAACUGAGGAGGAAAAGAGAGAUGAUUCCUCCUGUGUUAAAACUUUUCCCAUACCUCCUAAUGACUUUUUGUCUGAGAAGAGUAAACAAAGUGAGAAAGCAACAACAGAUGCUAAAUUCCAGGUAGAUGUAGCCACACCAGGUAGUGUGAAUUUAAAAUCAAUAGACACUUAUCAAGCAGUGCAAAAUACCUGUGAGAAUGAGACACAAUCCAAUACCUCAAUAGGAGAGAAUACGGGAAGCAACUCUAGUCAUCCAUCAAACAAAGAACAGGUGAAUCAGGCACAGGUGACUUGUGUGAACACAAAUAGCCCAGAGGAAGACCAAGGUGAGAGCAGUAGUGCUACCUGUCCAUCAAGCCAUCAAUGUGUGAAAGAAAGUUUUACAUGUAAACAGUCCCAGGAGAUGCCAGAGCAUAGCCCCAGUCAAGAUGAUGUCUGUGAAUCUUUGUCCCUGGUAAAAGAGGGAAAUUCUGAACAUGAAGAUAAACAAAAAAUUGAAAGUGACCAUACUGCAGUUGUGUGUGAUUCUUCACAGGAAUUAAAUCCAAAAAUGACCAUUUCUCCCCCUGGGACUUGUUUUGAAGUUAGUUCAGUUGAAGAAGAGACUGACCAUUGUGCAAUUCCUAAUGAUGAAAAACCUAGUGUUUUAUCUGAUCAUAAACACCAAUUGUCUGGUGAAUUUUCAGGAAAAAGAGAUUACAUUGGAUCACCUGAUGGGUGUUGUUUCAAGCUGUUUGAAGAUACAAGUGACUCUGAAAGUUGGAGAUAUGAGGGAAACAGAGGUGAUAUAAGACUCAGUUUAGAUUUAGACUCGCCUAAAAGUGAGCGAAAUGAAAAUCCUUCACCUGCAUCUGAAAUGGGAAAAAGAAAGUCUUCUGACACUUCUUUAGACCCUUUGUUGAGUCCUAGAACAUAUGAAGAAAAUGAUGUGCAAAAGUUUUCUAAUGCUGCAUUGAUCAGUAAUAUGGACCAUUGUUAUGCUGGGCUCACUAAUAACCUAAAGCCUGAAAGCAACAUGGAAGAUCAAAUCCAGAAAAGUGAAUUAAACUCAAGUAGUUCCUCAGAAGAUUGUCAUAAAAACAGUAUAAAUUUGAAAGACCUACUCCGUAAUGGCAAAAACGUCAUAUGUGGACCUUUUGACAAAAGUAGCCCAAGUAAAAUCAAUCAAAAAAGAGAUGCAAUUGUGGCUGUUAUGGUAACAGAACCUCAAGUAGCAAAAACUGUUCAAACAACAGUGCCCAAGGAAGUGUCUCCAAAAUUUGGAAAAUAUCGCAUUGGGACUUUUGCAUCAGUGAGUAACACUGCCAUGGGAUUGGAAUCUCCUACAAGCAAGAAAGGUCCAGUCAAGGCCACUUCAUUACUGACCAACACAGUAUACACAAACAGUGUCCCUUUGGUGGUCAGUCAUGGAGCAAGGACAUCACAGUUCUCUGACUUGACUCUCCAACAAGUCUUGGAAAGAAAAUGGGUUAGUGUCACAGAUCAUGACCAUGACUACUGUCUCCCAAGAAUCCAGGGUCCUCCCCUAUUGUCCAAACAGAAAAAGUCAGAGGAUAAAAAAGCCAAGAAAGUUGUUCAAACGGACAGCACAGACACAGAGUCCAAUGAUGAGUUUAUUCCAGAUGAGGAUAGUUUGCCCAACUCUCCCCAACCCACUCCCACUCUUCGACAUAGGGCUCACAAGUCAGAGAAAGUGGCAGAUUACAUAAAGGGUGGCACCUCUGAUUCCAAGUUGAAGAUCACUGGCAAAUAUCAAGAUGAUUAUAUUUACUUUCUGAACACUAAGUUAAGAAGUCGGCGAAGAACUCCCAGUGUGGAUCAGAAAAGUCUACCACCCAACAAAAUUGUGGUCCCUCUUCCCAAACCAGGAGACAUAGUGGUUCCACAUUUAACAGAUGCAGAUUUAGAGUUGAUUAAAUCUGGCAACAGUGAUAAAAUACCACAGAAAAUGUGUUCAAAUACAGACAAUCUUCAAGGUUUGAAACCUGCAGUCCAGCCACAAACAUCAGGGACAAGUUCAAGUAACAUCUCAGAUGAGGAAAGCAAACUCAUCAACACUAUUCUGAGUAUGGAAAAUGGGGAACAGAACCCCCCAGGUCCGGUGACUGAGAUCCCAAACUUUGGGGAAACUCCAGCUUUGUUUGGGGGUACUAAUGAUGACAUCCUAAAUCUGACUCCAGAGCAGAUGGAGAUACUCUUUAAUGCCAUGGAUGAGGUCCAGAGUGAAUCUCCAGACAUUUCUACUGCAGGAAACAAGUUUAACUUGGAUGUUCCAAGCUCAACAGUGACCACUACCUUCCCAUCAGGUGAAAAUGAAGUGUCAGACCAGAAAACCUUUCAAAAUUCAAAUGAUCUUGAAAUGGUUCCAACUACUAAACCAUCAGCAGAUGUUAGUGUUGCUACAGGGAGUUCCUACCCAGAACUGGCUGCCAUUCCUCAAGAGAAAUCCUCAUUGGACUUGUUUGGCUCUGAAAUGAAACUCUUCCCUGAAGCUUCAGCCAUAAGCAGUGAGACCUCACAAAAGCCAGAAACGUCUACAGUUGAGACUGAUUCCUCAGCUCCAUGGAUCGUGACUGUGAGCAUGUUCUGGAAUGAUUUGCCUGCCAUUAUGAUAGAUAAUGCCCCUUUUGUGAGAUUGGUGGACAUUCAUAAACAAAUUCUACCCGCAAAAGACACUGGCAUUCUCAAAAAACGGUGCCAGCUUUUGGGAAUUGAGGUGUUGAACUGUACAGAGAUGCAGCGUUAUUUUCUGGUUCAAUAUGGCAAAGCAUUCAACUCCAAAAGCACCCUAAUUAUAAGUAAGGAUGAUGCAAAGUCACUGAUUGGUUAUUACGUCAACCCAGGAUCUCAUCCCCCAAGAGUAAGGUGUCGUUCCAUUGGAGGAAAAGCUAAGGUCACUGUACAAAAUAAUAGAAAUAAAAAAAAUCAUUCAAAGGCAGCAGUAGAAGUGGAAGAGGAGAAGAGAGAGGUCAACCCAAUGCCAGCAGUCCCUCCCUCCUCCCUGGUCUCCCAAAACCCCCUAACAUCUAGGACUCGGCACAAAAAAAUCAACUUUUUGGAAAUGCUGAAGGGAGACUCCAAUAAUAACAACACAACAACAGAGGAAAGUGAAAAUGAUAUUAAAGAAGAGGCAAAACCUGAAAAGAUCAAGCGUGCCUCCAAAAGCAAAACGGGGGGAGAACCAAAAUGUUCCACAGAAAAGAGACAGAAAUCAGAACAAAGUGUAGAAGAGACUACAAAUUCCACUUCAGAAGAGUCUGGAAAAAAUAAAAGUGACCAAAAUAAACUAGGACAGAAAAUGGAAUUGAUUAAGAAGGAUGUAAUUUUACAACCUAAAAAGCUUAAGUUUGGGAAAAGUAAGAAAUACCCAGGACCUUUGAAAGUAAAAUGGACAGUAUUUAGCAAUAACAAGAAACAGUCAACUGAAGAGAAAGAGGAGACUGGUUCAGAGAUCAGGGAAAAUGUUCUCUCUGUGGUGCACAAAGACAUGACUCUAAAAAAUGGUCAAGGAGGCAGGAUGCAGGCUGGAAAUGUGUUGUUAGACUUGUAUAAAGGACCAUUGGAUCCUUGCAUUCGAUGUUGCACAUGCGAGAAGUUAUUUUCUAUUGAUAAUUUUCUGAAACAUUUGCAUGAUGUUAAUGGAUCUAACAAACUUCUUGUCGUGAGACAGCCACAGACUUUUGCUCUUCGAGAUUUGAAUCCAACAUCGUACCAGAAGAAACUCUGGGAACAUUUCUUUAAGAAAAGAAAAGCAUAUAAUGAUGAGUUAAAACAGAAAAGAUUGGACAGAAUGGAUAAAGAAAAACAAACUCCAUUACAGAGUAGGGAAUCAUCAGAUGUUAGAAUUAGUGGUCGUAAACGAAGACCAAAACAACUACACCCUAUAGAAAAUUACCGCUAUAACUUACCUAAGGGUUCUGUGAAUGCUAGUGAUAAAAUGGAGUCUUCUGAUGACCCCCCUCCUAGCAAAUGUAGGAAGUCAGUGGAUACCUCCACCUCAUGUGAAGACAUGAAUUGUGAAGAAGGAACAGAAAGUGUGGUGACCUUGACCAAUGGCCCAGAGGUCAUUAGUUUCACAGCUCUAGAGACUGAAAGGGCAUUUGAUGUUUAAACCAUAAAA